UUUUCACAUUCCAGCUACGGUCCCACUUUCGUGUUCUCUCCCAGUUUGUGACGUGUCUGCGGUGAAUAUUUUAAAAAUCGCUAUUAUCCUUAAGUUACCCGACAAAUAACACGAGAAAGAGCAACAUGGUGGAGCUGUCAAGCGUAAUAUCCAAGUUCUACAACGACUACGUGCAGAACACGCCCAAAAAACUGAAGCUGGUGGACAUCUACCUGGGCUACAUUCUGCUGACCGGCAUCAUCCAGUUUGUUUACUGCUGCCUUGUGGGCACCUUUCCGUUCAACUCCUUCCUGUCGGGCUUUAUCAGUACCGUCAGUUGCUUCGUCUUGGCUGUCUGCCUACGCCUGCAGGCCAAUCCUCAGAACAAGACUGUGUUCGCCGGUAUCUCUCCGGAACGCGGUUUCGCCGAUUUUAUCUUCGCCCAUGUAAUCCUACAUUUGGUUGUAAUGAACUUCAUCGGUUAACCAUGCUAUGUAUAAUGCGACUCGGAUAUAUUAAUAAUAAAAUGUAUUUCUAAUAGUA